CAAAACCACUCCAGGUAGUGAACCCGUUCUUUAACAGAUUGUUCAGAUCCCCAUACYUCCUGGAGCUGAGCUGAGAGCCAUGGGUCAUGUUGAUGAAGUGUCCCCUGGACAGCCUCGGGGUCCCACAGGAGUUCAGCACACCGUAGUGAACGUCCCCACUGAGCCCACCAGAGAUCAUCUGGUCUGGUCGCUGUGCAGCUUYGUCUAUGGAAAUAUUUUCUGUCUUGGAUUGGCGGCUCUCAUUUAUUCUGUCAAGGCCAGAGACCAGAAGAUGUUUGGAGAUCAGGACGGAGCCAGACGUCACGCCUCCACUGCUCGGACUCUCAACAUCGUGGCGACCGUCCUGACAUCUAUAGUCAUUGUUCUCUCCAUUGUUGUGCCCAUUGUUGUGAUUGCAAUCACUGCAAAAAAUCAUAGAUGACACUCAACUUACAAAAGUUGAGUGUCAUCUAAACACUAAACAUUGUCACUCCCUUGCUUUUCUGUUUUUACUUUGGUGCCAAAAUAAAACUGUAACAGUAGUAMUAGUAGCAAGGUCUGAGGCAACAAGGAAGUCCACUUGCAUAAAGUUCGCUUCCUUAAAAUCCACAGUGUGUGUUUUAGUUCAGAUGAAUGAAAAGCUGGCAUCGUGAUGAUAAUAAAAAAGAAAACAACAGAAAUG